GUUUUUCUUCCUGUGGUCGCUCGUUGAGUGCGGAAAUUCCACGAACGUGAGCUCAACAUGGAGCCGGCGACCCCUCCGGCACCCGCCGCCGGCGUCACGGCUACCGUCGACCUCUCCUCAGUCGCAGCCGACCUCGGUGGGGCGCACCUCCUGCCCUGCGGCAUCAGGCAGAACGGCGGCGCCCCCGUAUCCGACUACUUCAAGCCUAGGGACACAGGUGUGGAGGUGGAGGGGGUGAAGAUGGAAGAGGCCUUCUUUCGUGGGAGGAAACUGCAGGGCACUACCCUAGCUCUCCCGGAUGGCUACCGAGGUUAUGUAUUGGAGAAGAGUCGCGGACAGAAUUCAGAUGCUGAAGUCAGCAAUUUUACAUCCCGAGCUGAAUUCCAGAGCAUAACCUACUGGAAUCACGAUACAGCGCCAUCAGCAGAGGAUUCCCUCCCGAGGUGCUUCCAUUGGCUUACCGUCGCUAAUGCGAUGCAUAGAGCAGUGACUGCUGAAGACCUGACUAACAUGGCAGCAAUGCAGAAUCAGGACAAGUAGAUUCGUUCUAUAACGAAGCCAUGCAAUUUCGAUUUGGUGAACCAUCUCGACAAAGGAUCUUGUAACAACCAACAUGUUAUUUGAACGCAUCCAGUAGGUAAUGUUUAGGCUUUGGGGUAAGAUGCUUCAGGAGAUCCUUGUUCAGUAGCAUCUGAAAAUGUCUGGGUAAUUUAGAUUGGGACCUGUAUCAGACUAUCAGUUAUCUCCAAUAUUGUGAAAGAGUGCCGGUGUUGCCUUUGUGUU